AUGGAAUCGAAGUUAAAUACAUUACGUAGAGGACACAGAGGGCAAGUUACAAAGUUAUUCAAGAAAUUCGAUGAGAUUGAAAAGAAUUCGGACUUAGACAAAGAUGAUGUGAAACUUAUUUCGGAUGCAGUUGAACAGAAACAGAAGACUAUCGUAGAUUUGAAUGAAAAGAUACUGGAUUUAACGUCGGAGGAGAAUGUAGAAGAGGAAAUUCAAGAGUCUGAUGAGUAUAUGUUUAAUUUAGAGUCCAAACUUCGGAAAAUUAAAAAAAUAUAUUCUUAUUCUAUUUCUCAAAAUGUCACAUCAACGUCUUUAGAUCCAAAUGCAAAUAGUUUUCUACCAUCUUACCUCACAAAUUCAUCGCUUACCAAUGCCAAUGUUAUACGCAGCAAUGAAACUGAAAUUAAUGUACAGCCAACCCAUCCUGAUGACUUCCGCUCCAUGCAAAAUACCCAUCGUGACUUGCAGUCAACAAAUAAUUUGUACAAUCAAGGCUUUUCUUCGGUGUCAAAUAGCAGUCAAAACCACAGAUUACCUAAACUAGAUUUACCGCACUUUGAUGGGGAAAUUUUACAAUGGCAAACCUUUUGGGAUUCCUAUGAAUCAACUAUUCAUUUCAACAGUACUUUGACUGAGAUACAGAAAUUUAGUUACUUGAAGGCCCAACUCCAUGGCCAUGCCGCCCAAACUAUUGAAGGUUUCGCAUUGACAAAUGCCAAUUACACCACUGCCGUUAAUUUGGUCAAAGAUCGUUUUGGAUCGCCUCACAAGAUUAUUCAUGCCUACAUGAAAGCUUUAAUGGAUCUUCCUUCACCGUCAAAUGAUUAA